AUGUCGGAACAAAACGUUAACACAAAUAAAUACAAUGAAGUGCGAAGUAUCUUUAAAUACGACAUCGAUAUAUAUAAUGCGUUGUAUCAGCUUAAAACCGAAAAUGAAGAAGAUUUCAACUCAAUUUACAAACUGAUCAAAACAGAAUUGAUUGAUUCAAAGAAAUACCCACCAAAAAGGAUUAUGGAUGACAUUUUAAAUAUCAUUACAUAUAAUAAUCGCUAUACAAAUUCAUAUUUAUCUCUUGCCAAACUUAUAUCUGAUGAUUAUCGUGUUACAGAGACCAACAAGGUUAAAAUUAUAUCAUACUUCCUGUUUUAUAAAGAAUAUGGAAUUAAAUUAGACAAAUCUGAUGAUUUCGAAAAAAUUUUCUCAGAAAAUCUGGAUAUUCAUACAGAAAAUACAGUUUACAGAGCAAUUAUGAAUAAUGACCUAAAAUCAUUUAUACAAUUCACUGAAAGAGACGGAUUUGAUAAAAAUCAAACACUUGAAAGUAGUUUAUAUCCAUAUACUAAAGAAGGAUAUUCAUUACUUGAAUUAUGUUGUUACCAUGGAGCAGUUGAUUGUUUCAAGUUAUUAAGAACGAAAUUCAGCUCAGAAAUAACUGAAAUAUGUCUACAAUUUUCAUUUUUAGGUGGAAAUCCAGAGAUCAUGAGUGAAUGUUUGAAACAUCAAAAACCAAAUGAAAAGUGA